AUGGACUCUGUAGCUUACGGCCUCCUCACACGGCCCGUCCUCAAAGCAGUCUUUCCCUCCGAGAACCCCAUCUCGUCCCACACCCCUGCCUCCCCAGUGUCUACCGGGGCGACUUCUCCCUCCUACACCCACUCUCCCACCGCUGCCGGCCCCCCUGUCCUGCACCCAGCGAUUGAGCCGCCCAGAGCACGCGAACAGGCCCCCCUCGAUUUCCCAGAGCCCACUCUCCGGCAAGACAUUGAGCCGUUGGCCCCCGCCCCCGAGCAGCCCAGUCCAAUUCAGGCCCCAGUCUCCAAAGACGAACCUGUGGAAAGUCCGGCUAUUGAGCAACCAACCGAACAAGCCACACACACAAACAUGGCCGUAGUCGCCCCCCAGCCCCAGCUGGACCAUGACAGCGCUCUCGCCAACCAAGCUUCCGGCUUGGAUCUCAAUGACCGUCCCGUUAGUCGUGCCACUCAGCGCACAGCACCCAAGACCUACCACGGCGGCCCUGGCUACGGACCGUGGUCUGCUCAGUCUGAACAAGAGCCUUUGCAGGCUCAAAGGACUGGCCCGCAAUUCGCCGGGAGUCAAUACGGUGAAAGGGAAUUGCAGAAUGGUUACGGUGGUGACAACCAGGUCGCCUUGGGUUCGGCUCUUGCUGCCGACCCUUCCGAGUUUAGAGAGGAGGGUUAUGAAGAAGAGAAACAGCAACGACCCGCUUUCAACCAAACUCCCUCUAGGUCGUAUGUCAACGCUGUCCCUAUUGUCACCAACUAUGAGCCACAGCUCCCGGCCGCCUUGGCGGGAAACAGGCGCUCAGUGGCCGGGUCCACCAAGGCCCCCAGCGUAAAACGCGCUUCUUCGCGAGCCGGAUCCAUUGACGGUACCUCUCCUGUCAAAUCCCAGUCAAAGCGUGCGUCCAGAGCCGGUUCUGUGAGAUCCAGCAAGGGCGGGUUCAACAAUAACGGCGUCAACAAUUUUGCCGCCGUCGACCAUCACUCCAACGGCGGCGGCUACGAAGAGCCCCAUGCGGCACAAAACAUUUCUCGUCCCCUCUCCCGAGCCGCCUCUACCCGAUCCAACCGCCGCAACAAUUUCGGCCCUGAAGCUGGAGCGGCAGGUGUAGGGGCUACCGCUGGGGGUCUCUAUGUCGGAGAGUACGUGUCUCAGGAAAAGCAGCAACAGUUGCAAGGCGCCAAUGGCGGUCCCCGUCAAUACCAGGACGGCGGACACCAGAACAGGACCACUUUCCAAGAGCCGCAACAACAGUAUUAUCAGCAGCAGCCCUUGCCCGGUCGCGCCCUUUCUCCAACUCCCCGUCCCCAUUCUGCCUAUGGCAACCGCGGGCUCGGCGCAAUCAACGAGGGCCAAAACGACGGCUAUGCGAAUGGCAGGGAGUCUAGAGCUGAAGGUCACCUUGGUAGGAGCGGCACUGUGUUGAGCAGAGCCGGUACUCUGGAGGAAAGGAAUGGUACUUUGACCAGAAGCGGGACUGUCGGAAGUCGAAGAGGCGCGUUCGGAAAAGGUACUGGGACGAGCAUUGGGACUCAGCCGGAGGAGGUGCUGGCUCGAGACGAUAUUCACACCCGGGCCGAGCUCUCUGAACGGGUCUUGGACGAAGCCACUCUCCGAAGGUUGUCUACCAUGGAAAAGAAAGACGCCAAGCGCCUGGCCAAGGUCAUUAAGAAGGAAGCCAAAGAAGAAGCCAAGUCUGUCCAAGCCUCCAUCAAGGAGCUCGAACGCAUGGUCAAGCUCCAGAAAGAGGCUGCCUCUGCAGAGCGCAAGUCUCAGCUCAGCCUAUCCAAGUGGACCGCCAGGGAACACAAGGCGAGACUGAGGUUUUUGAAGGAAAAGGAGAGGUAUGAGAAGCUGGAAGGUGAAUUGAGGAAUGCGGAGAACGACUAUGAGGAGAGGAGGGAUCACGCCGCUGGGUUGACCGCACAGGUGGCUGAAAAGACCUCCGACCUCGACUUGCUCCGAGGCCAAAAGGCCGCCGACGAUCGUGAGAGAGAGGUCAAGCUUCUGGCUCUCAAGAACCCCGCUCACAGCUAA